AUCAAUCGGCUAGAUCAACAUCGCCGACCGGGGAGAAUGCUCUCAAGCGGACAUUGUCAAUGAAUAGUCUGAUCAAAACCGACUCUUUCACAAAACUAUUCAAGAAGAGCAACAAGCGUUCGAGAUCAGAAGACUCUGAUUUGGAUGACAUUGAAGCCAAGCUCGACAUCCAAGCAUCGAAGAAACCCAGGACACGCUCUUCAAAAGAGGAGGAAGAGUUUCGUAGAAAAGAAAAAGAGUACGACGAGCUGCUGCCUCCCGAGUAUCGCAAGUUCCGGCCAAAGGGAUUCAAGCUCAAUCUGCCUCCAGAAGAUCGGCCGGUCCGAAUCUACGCAGAUGGAGUGUUUGAUCUGUUUCAUCUGGGCCACAUGAGACAGCUGGAACAGUGUAAAAAAGCGUUCCCCAAUGUGACUUUAGUGGUUGGGAUCCCCAAUGAUGAAGAAACACACAAGAGAAAGGGGCUGACAGUUCUCACCGACAAGCAACGGUACGAAACCCUGAGGCAUUGCAAGUGGGUUGAUGAGGUGGUAGAGGAUGCUCCCUGGAUUCUGAACAUGAAAUUCCUCAAGGAUCACAAAAUUGACUACUGCGCUCACGACGAUCUUCCCUAUCAGGCACAGGGCAUUGAUGAUAUAUAUAAACCCAUGAAAGAAGCUGGCAUGUUCCUAGCAACACAGAGAACAGAAGGAAUCAGUACAAGUGACAUCAUUACCAAGAUCAUCAGGGACUACGACAAAUACCUGAUGCGCAAUUUUGCUCGGGGAGCCACAAGAAAAGAGCUGAAUGUGUCCUGGCUUAAAAAGAACGAGCUGGACUUCAAGAAACAGAUCAAUGACUUCCGCUCCUACUGGAAGAGAACCAACGAUAGCCUCAAUAGUGCAUCUCGCGACCUUUACACAGAAGUGCGCGAGUUUUUGAAAAGAAGAAACGAAACAUCACCUGGUCAGUCUCCUGCAGACUCAUUUGCCUCCAAAUUCAACGGCAACGGCCUGGGACGCACUAAUUCGCGUCGCAGUCUGAUUGAAAAUUUCAAAGAUUGGGUGGCAAGGGACAGCCACUCGGAGUUUGAGAGUGACGAAGAGGAAAAGCCGGUCGUCACAAAAAGAGGACGCAAGGUGAAGAAACCCGCCAGUAGUGAAAAAAAAGUGCUAGAAAAAAAUAGUGGAAAAUAAAUUAUAAUCAUGUUCUCUGUCGCUAACAUAAAGUACCUAGAGCCGACGACGCUGCGUCAAUGGUUCUCCCAAAAAUCGACCAACCACGGGUCGCGCUUUGUUGUGGUAGAUGUGAGAGAUUCGGAUUAUAUUGGCGGCCAUAUCAAGUCUAGUCUUCAUAUUCCCAGUUCCAGCGUGGGGUCCCAUUGCCAGACAAUCCUCGACGAGAUUUCGAAGAACAAGGCAGACAGCGUGGUAUUCCAUUGUGCAUUAUCGCAACAACGUGGACCUUCCGCUGCAAUGAAGUUCAUGCGGUUCCUGGCAGACCUUGAGUCUGCCCCAGACCUCAAAAUAUACGUGCUCAGAGGAGGGUUCGUGAAAUGGCAGGAACUUUAUGGUAAUGAUUCAGAAGUGACAGAGGGCUACGAGCCAAGCUUGUGGUCCUGAUCGUGUUUUUUCUGCUGCCGACGUCGUUUGGAAGGCUGCUCCUCAGUCUCUGCAGAAUUCUUAGCAGCAUUUCUUAAUUUCGAUGUGGCAUUUUUUAAUCGCUGCCCCAUUUCCAGAUCACGGCGGCGCCUAAUCAUCUCAACAGGGAAAAACUCCUCAAUACUUGUCUGCGGCUUGUUCAUGUUCUGGAUAAUCGGCAGCAAGAUGGUGUCCACUUUCUCCUUACCCCAUCCAACAUUGUACAUCAGGAAAGUGCGCAGCUUGUCGAGGUUGGGGUAGCCCCAUUGGAACUCAGACUUGUCGUGGUCAACCUCUGGAUGCAGAUAUGCUUCAAUCACACGUUUGUCCGGAAACUCGGGAGUCAGAUAUAGAUCAGUUUUCUUCAACGACUUGCGCAACUUGCGCUUGACCGGUGUUUCUUUGGACUCAUCAAUAAUGCCGUUUUGAUAGUCGAGCCACCAAUGCUUGAAACUUUCCAGUGUUCCAAACUCAGCAAGAAUCUCCAUUGCUGCAACUUUUCCAACACCCUUAAUACCUUCCGUAUAAUCGCUUCCUAAUAAUAUAGCUAAGUCGAUCAACAUUCUUCUAUCCAGGCCUAGAUCGCGCUCCAGGUCCUCCAUUUGGUAACAUUCAACAAAGUUCUUCUCGUUGAACAUGUUUUUGUACACUCGGUCACCACCAAAAAGGAAACAGUCCGAAUCGUCUGUGAUAAUGCCGUCCACUAAUCCCAGACGAAGAAGCUCAGCGCAUUGGGCUUCUGCCUCCAUCGGUGCCGUUAUGUAGGGGAGACCAAACCGGGAGAGCAUGUCUUGGAUGUCUAAAAUCAUCCUAACGGUAACCUCGUCUGCAUCUCGUUUUUGUUUCUUCAUACUCUCUUGAAGUUGCACUUCGUCGUCCAUCGACCAGAAACUGGAAGACGAUGAUGGCUUUUUAGUACCGACUUGAUCCACAAAUUUUUCGUACGCAGCUUCUUCAUUCUCAAGGUUGUGCUCAAGCUCCUCCUCCUCCUCAUCCGAAAAUACGUAGUCCAAAGGUUCUGGCAUUUUGGAGACUUCCUGCUGUAUAUUCUCAGAAUGUUUGGUUUCCCUCUCGACCUGCUGACCUGCCAGAGUAGGCGUAGCUUCUGUCAAAGUGGCCUCUGAGGAAUAGUGGUUCGGUCCUGGUUGGUCAAUUACAGUAGCCCCCUCCAGCGUGUCAUGGACCGGGUUUGUUUUCUCUGGCUUUGUCUCUGGCUCUGGAUCUAGCUCGAUGACCUCAGACUCAAAAGCUUCGUGGUCUUCAGCGUCCCCAUAAUCCUCACUUUCAUCUUCCUCCAGGUACGGUUCCAGGUCAGCGUAAUCGAACAGUCCGGCUUUUUGGUCCUCAGUUUUAUCUACCUGGGUCUUUUCGUGACUUCCUGUCUCACCAUAGGCAUUCUUCGAAACUCGAGUCUGAAACCAGACAGGAGUUUCCUCCGGUUUUUUUUUAUCAUUCUUUGGCUUUGGCUGUGGCUGUGGCUGUACGCUCUUGGGCUCUUCCGUUUUGCUAGCAGUGAGUAUACUGCUUCUGAAAUCAAACUUAGGCACAGACACAGGUUUUGACUCAGUGACCUUAUCUAUAUUCGACCCGAGCGAUUCCUUGGUCAAUAUUAGCGGUGGUGGAGCCCCAUAAUCAAAAGGCGCGUCAUUUUGCUGCUCCUGUUCCAUCAUAUUAUAGUAAUCCUGUUUUGAUCGUUCAACAGCCUGUCGCAAUUGCUCCUCCUCGCUCAUUUCCGCAGCCUUUUGCAAGUUCUUCUUGUUGUUAUUCGCGUAUUCGUACAGCGAUUGGAUCAUGGCCAUAGUAGUGUCCUCGCUAUUUUCUGAGCUCUCAACUUCGCCAACAAACAUCGGCUCAGAUGCAGCAGUCCCCAUCGGGGAGGGCAUCUUGACAGGCUCUAUAACAUCUUCCCACUCUUCGUCAUCUUCAUCUUCGUCCCGCUCCUCAUCACUGUUUAGAUCAAUGGGCUUCUCUGCACUAUGGCCAUCAUCUUUGAUCGACAAAGUAUACCCGUUUUCGUUCCUCUGAAGCUCGUAAAUACGAUCUCGAUCGCUAGCAAUACGCCGCGACUUGGCCUCCUUCUCAUCCAUUCCGGCCACAUUCAUCAGUUUUUGAGUGAGAAAGUUGCGCUUCUGAACCAUCUGAAUUUGAAAUUUAGAAAAAUCCAUGCUGUUCGGGAAUAGGGUCUCUAGUUGCUGCUUUGUGUAGCCCAUUCUCAAACGCGAACGCAGUCGCAAAUGGGAAAGGACUAUAUACUGAGUAGAAAGCGGAAGACGGGCAAACUCCUCGGAUUUUGGGUCGAUCGUGUCGAGAUCAAUGCCUCCAAGCUCGUCUUGUAGAUCAGAAGUAAGUCGGUCGUAUUCAUAAUCUGUGAUCACCCGCUGGUCAUUCUUGUCUACCUUAAAGCUCUCAAUGUGCGGGAGAUCGUACUCGUCUUGCCUGCGGAAUAUGCGGUUUUCAUUCUCUUUCUUGGGCGUCCGUUUCUCAAGUUCCUGUUCCUGCUUUUUGUCCCUGGUGUCAAAAUAAUUAUUGUCUUCGUAAAACUGAGUAAACUGUCGUUGGUCAAUGGGCACUUCUUUGGUCUUGGCCUUGGAUUUUGGCUGUUUGGACGCAUCAGGGUUCCCCUCGGCCCGAUUCUGAAGCUGUUUUGCCAGCAGUCUGCGCGCAACCUGCUCUGCGGUUUCUUUGCUGCCUUCCCUUUUCUCUCGUCUCUUGCUGAUGGUUUGUUUCUUCAAAAGCGGCGCCCCGCCAUCAAAUACAAACACAGGCCUGAUUCCAAAGUAGAGAAGCUUGCAUAUUCGGCGGAAAAACCCAACUAUAUGGGAGUUGACCAGUUGAUUGCCUUGCACAUCUCUCACAGCCUUGAGGAACUGGUAGAUCCAGAUCGAGGCGUCAACAGCAAGCCUCUUUUUUGCCAUGGCCUCGAGUCGCACAGGACGCGCCGUAGGGCCGACAAUCUCCCAGAGUCCAU